UUAAGGGACAUCAGAGUGUGACGACCUUACUUUAGAUUCCUAGCCUUAUUAGACGCCUACUGCAGGUUGUAGAACAGUUUCACAUGUGAUGAAGCUUGUAUGCAAGAUCGGAGGCUUGAGAAGGCGCUAGGAAUCCAGAGGCUGCACUCCCCGUAUGCAAAGGACAUCCUAAAAAAGGAAAACCAAAAUGGUCCUUACAAAACACACCAGAGUUCUGCCUCUGAAUGACAUGGAGCGGCUGGAAAGAACCCUCUUCCGUCUGGAGCAAGGCUUUGAGCUUCAGUUCAGGCUGGGCCCCACGCUGCAGGGCAAGUCUGUAUGCGUCUACACCAACUACCCCCCAGAGGGGCAGAAGUAUGAUCCCGUCAAGUACCGUGCCCUGGACUGGAUCAACCUAGCAGGACGCGAGGACGAUUCGGACAAGUACUGCAAGCUGGACCUGGAGAUUGCAGGCUCUUACCACUACUACUUCAGCUCUGGGGAAGAGAAGAAUGGCAGUGGCUACAUUGUGGUGGACCCCGUGCUGCACGUGGGCGCAGACAGGCAGGUCCUCCCCCUGGACUGCAUCACCAUCCAGACAUACCUGUCCAAGUGCCUGGGCCCUCUGGACGAGUGGAUGGACAGACUGCGCGUGGCCAAGGAAGCCGGGUACAACAUGAUCCACUUCACACCGCUCCAGAAGCUGGGACUGUCCCGAUCAUGCUACUCUCUGGCCGACCAGCUGGAGCUGAACCCUGAAUUCUCUCCUCCGGGGAAGAACUUCACCUGGGCGGAUGUGGGGAACCUGGUGACCAAGCUGAAGACCGAGUGGAAUAUGGUUAGCAUCACGGAUGUGGUGUAUAAUCACACAGCUUCGAACAGCCAGUGGAUCCGCGUACAUCCAGAGUGUGGCUACAACCUGGUGAACUCCCCGCACCUGAAGCCUGCGUGGGUGCUGGACCGGGCCCUCUGGCACAUCACCUGUGAGGUCGCGGACGGGAAGUACAGCCAGCGGGGCAUGCCUGCGCUCCUCACCAGUGAGAAGCAGCUGAGUGUUUUGCGCGAGAUCUUGUGUAAGGACAUGUUCCCCCGGAUCAAGCUGUGGGAGUUCUAUCAGGUGAACGUGGACAAGGCCGUGGAACAGUUCAGAAAGAUGCUGGGGGCAGGCAACAAGCCGGCCAGCAGUGGAACAGAAGGCAAGUCAAAGCUUCGAAUCAUUCAGGACCCCCAUCACAGGCGCUUUGGCAACAGUGUAGACCUACACACAGCACUGGAGCACUUCGCUCAGAACGGUAAUGAUUAUCAGGACUGCUGCAAUAGGCUGAGGAGGAAACUAGAGGAGAUCAACAGGGAGUUCUUUGAGGAGAUGCAGCGCCAUCAGGAGCAGGCCAUCAACUGCACCAUGGGAACUAUAGUUUAUGAGCGUUUUGCUGACCAUGGACCUAAACUGGGGGCUGUCACUAGGGAAAAUCCCCUAGUAACAAUGUAUUUCACCUUCCCAUUUGAGGAGAUGUCCAUGGAACAGGAAAUGACCAUGUUGCAUCAGGAUGAUAAAGCGUGUCACUUCCUGGCUCACAACGGAUGGGUGAUGGGAGAUGACCCCCUCAGGAACUUUGCUGAGAAAGGCUCUAAUGUGUACGUGCGGCGGGAGCUGGUGUGCUGGGGGGACAGCGUCAAGCUGAGGUACGGCGAGAAGCCUGAGGACUGCCCUUACCUGUGGGCGCACAUGAGCAAGUACACAGAGAUCACCGCCAAACACUUUGCCGGGGUCCGUCUGGAUAACUGCCACUCUACACCACUCCACGUGGCCGAGUACAUGCUUGCGGUGGCACGUGCCGUCCGUGCUGAUCUGUAUGUGGUGGCUGAGCUCUUCACUGGCAGUGAAGAUUUGGACAAUGUGUUCGUGACGCGACUCGGUAUAACCUCUCUCAUCAGAGAGGCCAUGAGUGCUGGCGACAGCCACGAGGAGGGUCGUCUGGUGUACCGCUACGGGGGCGAGCCGGUGGGGUCCUUCGUGCAGCCCACCCUCAGGCCACUCGUGCCCGCCAUCGCCCAUGCCAUGUUCCUGGACGUCACCCAUGACAACGAGUGCCCUAUUCUGUGCCGCUCUGCGUAUGACUCACUGCCCAGCUCUGCCAUCGUCUCCCUGGCCUGCUGCGCCUCAGGCAGCACGAGAGGAUACGACGAGAUGGUGCCCCACCAGAUUUCAGUGGUUAAGGAGGAGCGCUUCUACCCCAAAUGGAACCCCGAUGCCAAAGCCUCCACUCCUGGGGAGACCAACCUCCAGACGGGGAUAAUGGCGGGGAAACGGGCUCUCAACAAGCUGCACCAGGAGCUGGCUGCCAAAGGCUUUAAUCAGGUGUAUGUGGACCAGGUGGAUGCGGACGUUGUAGCCGUCACCAGACACUGUUCAAGCACACACCAGUCAGUGGUAGCCGUGUCUCGCACCGCCUUCCAGGAUCCCAAGAAACAUCACUACAGCAAUGAGGUUCCGUCUAUGUGCAUCCCAGGGCAAAUUGAGGAGGUUGUUCUGGAGGCUCGCACCAUGCUCCGGUCCGCGGGGCCAUACGGUCAAGAUAAGAAGAGCAUUAAUGGCCUGCCCGGCUACACCGUGGAGAUCACCGAGCACAUCCAGUUAAAGGAUAGCAAGAUUGUGAAGCAGGCAGAUGUGACCGCCAAGGGCCGCAAGGAGUUUGUGCAGGAGAUCGUGUUUGAGCACCUUACCCCAGGAAGUGUUAUCGUGUUCAGGGUGAGCCUGGACCCAGAGUCCCAGAAGACAGUGGGGCUUCUGCGUGGUCACCUGUCCCAGUUCAGUCGGCAGUACAAAGCAGGCAGUCUGGCCGACCCUCAGGGCCCAAGCAUCCUGAAGAGUGACCUGGAGUCUCUAAUGUCUAAACUGAGUCUGGCCGACCUGAACACACUCAUGUUCCGCUGUGAUGCGGAGGAAAAGGAGGAUGGUGGAGGUGUUUAUGACAUUCCUUCCUGGAUACCCCUGAAAUAUGGUGGCCUGCAAGGUUUAAUUUCGGUGAUGGCGGACAUCCGCCCCAAAAACGACCUGGGACACCCAUUCUGUGACAACCUGCGUCAGGGUGACUGGAUGAUCGACUACGUGAGCAACCGGCUGAUAAAGAAAGACGGAGCACUGAAAGAGGUGGGCAAAUGGUUUCAGGCUAUGUUUGGGUACCUGAAGCACAUCCCCCGCUAUCUGGUGCCCCGCUACUUUGAUGCCAUUAUUGUGGGGGCCUACACUGCAGCUCUGGACUCAGUGUUCAAACAGAUGUCAAGCUUUGUGCAGAACGGUUCCACCCUGGUAAAGCAGUUGGCCCUGGGCUCGGUACAGAUGUGUGGGGUGGGACGCUUCCCUGCCCUGCCCCCCUUGUCUCCAUCACUGAAGGAUGUCCCAGUCCGCCUCAACCCCGACACUAACAGCCAAGAGCAGUGCUGUGUGUCCCUGGCAGCAGGUUUGCCUCAUUUCGCCUCUGGAAUCUUCCGCUGUUGGGGGCGGGACACUUUCAUUGCCCUGCGAGGACUCAUGCUGGUCACUGGGCGCCACCUAGAGGCCAGGAACAUCAUUCUGGCGGUUGCUGGCACCCUGCGUCACGGUUUGAUCCCCAACCUCCUGGGCGAGGGAGUGGGCGCCCGCUUCAACUGCCGUGACGCUGUGUGGUGGUGGCUGCAGUGCAUCCAGGACUACUGUAACCUGGUGCCAGAGGGCCUGAGCAUCCUCACGUGCCCCGUGUCACGCAUGUACCCUACGGACGACUCUGAGCCCCAGACCCCGGGGAAGAAGGACCAGCCGCUGUAUGAGGUCAUCCACGAGGCGCUUCAGCGCCACAUGCAAGGGAUGGACUUCCGAGAGAGGAACGCCGGGCCCCAGAUCGACCGCCACAUGAGAGAUGAAGGAUUUAAUGUUGUGGCCAAAGUGAACCCAGUCACUGGAUUUGUAUAUGGAGGGAAUAGAUUUAAUUGCGGGACUUGGAUGGACAAAAUGGGAGAGAGCGACAGAGCCCGCAACAAAGGCAUGCCGGCCACACCCAGGGAUGGUUCAGCAGUGGAGAUUGUUGGCCUCAGCAAGUCCACCGUGCGCUGGCUGGCGGAACUACACAAGGCUGGCGUGUUCCCCUACUCCUCUGUCACCAUGACCAGGGAUGGAAAAGAUGUGUCUGUCUCCUAUGAGGAGUGGAACAGAAUGAUCCAGGACAACUUUGAGAAGAUGUUCUAUGUGUCCCACGACCCCAAGGACCCCCAUGAGCAGCACCCUGAGCUGGUCCACAAGAGAGGCAUAUACAAGGACAGCUAUGGGGCCUCCAGUACAUGGUGUGACUACCAGCUCAGGCCCAACUUCACCAUCGCCAUGACAGUGGCUCCAGAGUUGUUCACUGUGAAAAGAGCCUGGGAGGCUUUAGAGGUGGCGGAGAAGAAGCUGUUGGGUCCUUUGGGCAUGAAGACUCUGGAUCCAGAUGACAUGAUGUAUUGUGGUGUCUAUGACAAUGCCCUGGACAAUGACAAUUACAACUUGGCUAAAGGUUUCAAUUAUCAUCAAGGACCUGAAUGGCUUUGGCCUGUUGGUUAUUUCCUCCGUGCUAAACUUUACUUCGCAAAGAAGCUGGGUAAAGAGACCUACGACAAGACGGUGUAUUUGGUGAAGAAUGUACUCUCUCGGCAUUAUGUCCACUUGGAAAGAUCUCCCUGGAAGGGUCUUCCAGAACUGACCAAUGAGAAUGGGCAGUACUGCCCCUUCAGUUGUGAAACCCAGGCCUGGUCCAUUGCCACCAUUCUGGAGGUUCUCCAUGACCUGUGAAAAGAGGGCCUAAACCCCCUUAUUAUAUGCAUCCCACCUACGGUACCCUUAGGGGCCUGUCCGCACAUUCUCACUGCCCUAGUAUUUGUUUACCUAAUUGUCCACCACAGUGUUUUCCCUGUGCUGCUUUUCCUAGUCUUCCAGUGUUCAAAGCACGUAUAUGGUAUUAUUUCCAUAGAGUACAUUCAUGGCUUUGUGCAUAUCUGUAAUAUGUAGAGAUGAUGCAUACAAUGUUUCUGCCCACAAGUGUGCUGUUACCUUGUGCCAAAGGGCUAUAGUUCAGAAAUAUCACCCGUCCUGUAGAAUCAUACUUUCAAAAUGAUUUUCCAUUACAGCAACCUGUUGCUCCUCAACCUACAUAAGCUUUGUCUGGCUGUGUUUGUGUUUACCUUGUGCCUGGAUAUUUUGAAUGUUCCAAUAGAUCACCAGCACCUUUUAAUUUAAAAAAUAAAGACUAAUUAAUGAAAA